AUGGCAUUUUGGUGGAAGAAGACACCCAAGACUGCUUCCGAUUAUGCCAAACUUCUCUCUGAGCAGUUGAACAAGUUUGAAAAUGCAACAACCAUUGAUAGUCGAAGGAAAGUACAGGAUGAUUGCAGCAAGUACUUAACGGGUACUAAACACUUUCUGCUAGGAGAAGUAGAACCUGAGCCAACUCCAGAGGCUGUUGACGAACUUUAUGGCGCAAUUUACCAAUUGGAUAUUCUGCGUGAUCUGCUUGUUAAUUUGCCAGAACUUGAGUUUGAAGCUCGGAAAGACGUGGCUCUCAUUUUUGCAACAUGCUUACGACACUCUAGAGAUAACAAAUUUGUAACGGUGGACUACCUAGUUACGCGACCCAAUGUUGUUGCAUUAAUGCUGCGAACGCCAGAGUUGGCACUCUCUAAACCGAACAGCAGCGACCUUUUCUUGAAAGCUGGUUUUAUCAUAUUGGAAGCUUUGAAAUACGAACAACUGUGUCGAAUUAUGCUUCGCGACCCUCAGAUCUGGCUAUUUUUCGAUUUCGCGAAGGGCGGUUCUUUCGAAGUCAGCACGGAAAGUUUUCAAAUCCUUACCAAUCUCUUCACAAUCCAUCAGAAACCGGUAGCCACAGAGUUUUUCAGUCAACCUAUAAAUCUUCAAAAAUUCAUUGACAAGAUAAAUAAACUCAUGGCACAUGGAAAUUAUGUGACCAAACGGCAAAGCGUAAAGCUAUUACAUUCCUUAAUUAUGAUACGGUCAUACAAUCAUUUGCUCACAGCUUAUAUCAAUUCUCCAGAUAAUUUGAAGUUAAUCAUGAUCCUUUUAAGCGAUCGAUCCAAAAAUUUGCAAUUGGGAUCUUUCAAUAUCUUUAAAGUCUUUGUCGCUAAUCCUCGCAAAUCCAAGCCUAUACUGGAUAUAAUGGUGAAAAACAGAGACAAGCUCCUGCAUUACUUAAUGUCUUUCAAUACCGAUAGUAAAGACGCCACAUUCCUCGACGAAAAAGAAUACGUUGUACAAGAGAUUGAAUCACUACCAAGGCUGGUUUCCCCCAAUAGUGACCCUUCUUUAGGAACUUCUCCUUAA